GUGCAAAGCGUCCUAAUCUGACGUCAACCCCGGUACCGAUGAAGAACCGGUAGCUUUGAGAAGAAUAGUGUGCUCUCCGUUGUGUGAUUUUGUUUAAUAAUACAGUAGACUGCACAAGCAUCAUGCCUUUCGAUGUCAGGAGGUUUGAUAUCUACAGGAAAGUGCCAAAAGAUCUCACCCAGCCCACAUACUCAGGCGCUUUCAUUUCCAUCCUGUGUUGCGUGGUCAUACUUUUCCUCUUCCUCUCAGAGCUGACAGGAUUCAUCGCCACUGAAAUUGUAAAUGAACUGUAUGUGGACGAUCCAGAUAAAGACAGUGGUGGGAAGAUAGAAGUGAGUUUAAACAUCAGUUUGCCAAACUUACAUUGUGAUUUGGUGGGUUUGGACAUCCAAGAUGAGAUGGGCCGCCAUGAGGUCGGCCACAUUGACAAUUCCAUGAAGAUCACCCUCAACCACGGAGCAGGGUGCCGCUUUGAAGGGGAAUUCGCCAUAAACAAAGUGCCAGGAAAUUUUCACGUGUCCACACACAGUGCCACAGCCCAGCCCCAAAGCCCUGACAUGACUCACACAAUCCACAAGCUGGCAUUUGGAGAGAAGCUUCAGGUACAAAAUGUUCAAGGUGCCUUCAAUGCUUUAGGAGGAGCUGACAAGCUGGCAUCAAAUCCGUUGGCCUCACAUGACUAUAUCCUGAAGAUCGUUCCAACAGUAUAUGAAGAUCUAUCAGGCAAACAGAGGUUCUCCUACCAGUAUACGGUAGCCAACAAGGAAUAUGUUGCAUACAGCCACACGGGAAGGAUCAUACCGGCCAUCUGGUUCCGAUAUGACCUCAGCCCAAUCACAGUCAAGUACACAGAAAGGAGGCAACCUCUUUACCGCUUCAUCACUAGUAUUUGCGCCAUCAUCGGAGGAACGUUUACUGUGGCAGGCAUCAUUGAUUCCUGCAUAUUCACCGCAUCAGAGGCCUGGAAAAAAGUCCAGAUUGGAAAAAUGUCCUAGAAGUGACUCGACAAACACCCUUCACGUCCUUCCACACCUACCCAUGAUGUCUUAUUUAUAAGUGCAAAGUAGUCUGUUUGCUAAAUCUAAUCUGGCUUCCUUGUAGAGAAUGUAUCACGGUGACCAGUAAAGGGCUUAAAGCAAAGGAUCUAACUAUCAGGCUACAGGUUCACGUCUCAGUUACUGAUGCUGCCCUCCGGCUCUGCGCGCUCUGGUGACGUGAUGUGGAUGCUGACUAUCACAUGUCUGCUUCUUCCGUCCAACUUGAGAGUGUGUCAGGGGUCAGCCAAGGGAGUGAUACAAACUAUUAGUUUGUUUGAAGAAUUUUUUUUUUUUUUUAAAUGAACCUUUAAUUUUUUUCCAUUUCAUUUAGUGAACAGUAUGGUGAUCUAUUAAGUCACUGUAAAAUGUGAUGUGUGCGUUUUGGUAUACCACAAUCCCUCAACCCCCAAAUGGUUUACAUUUGCCUGUAAGGUCCUGGACUUAUGGAUUUUUUUUUCUUUCUUUCUUUUUAAAAACGUUGCCUUUUGCUGACAAAAAAUUGAGACGCAAGCUCUUUAUGAGUAAAUAAUUCCUAAGAGUUUUCCAUUCCCUGUUAGUUUACUGUAAAAAAAAAAAAAAAAAAAAAAAAAAAUUGUGCAGUUCUCUUUAUUUCCAACAAACAAACACAUUUUUUUCAAUGUACACCUGCAUAAUGCUAGCACGAAACAAAAAAUACAACAAAUGCAGUAAUAAAGUAUUAGAGCAAUUUUGAAUCCGUUUACAGUACAUUAGUUGUUAAACUUUGAAUUUAAAUCUUUUUAGGGCGAGUGACUAUUUUUGGUAAUUAAAAAAAAGGUUUAACCCGUAAAGACCUGUGUGGACAUCACGUUUUGGGCCGCCAUGUUAAGAUUAGGUGUACCUGCAUGACCCCAAAAUUUGAUUUAGACAUAUUUGAAUGCCAGGUAAAAAUCUAUAUACUAGUUAGUGUAUAUAUAUAUCAGAGAUGUCCUGAUCACAUAGUUGUUCACCUGAGUCACCUGAUUUUGAAAAUCUGGCGCCCCGAAACCGAAAAACAAAAAGUUUUAAACAUGUUACUGUCCCACCGUGCCACCUUCACAGUGUGAAUUAUUUUUAAACAAGAAUAAUGUAGAAAGAGUACCUCUCUUUUUUUAAAUGCUUCAGUGAGUGAGUCCACUAGAAUCCGCUCACCCUGUUGAGAACAGCCUCUCACUUACACAAUGAGUUUUCACAGCACACUACCGCUAAUGUAUAACAAGCUAAAAGAUGAUUGACACAUUCGGCCCCUUUGAUGGUAGAGCUGCAAAGCUUCUCUGGCAAGAUCAAAUCGAGAAAUCUGUCGAUUAUUGUUGACUUUAAAUAACUAAGUCCAGGUUACUGCUGACCAAGAAACGCAGCAGGAGGGAGCGUAAGAGGCUGUACGAGCAUGAAGCAGACAAACAUAAAUAUAUGUUUUUUAAUUAAAAACCUGAUCCUUUUCACCCGAUUCCGAUCCUCUGAAAAAUGAUGGGUUUGGACAGAUUUCUGAUCACGUGAUCGGAUCGCGACAUGCCUUCAAAACACACUUAGCAUUCCUUUGUUCCUGAAAACCUGUUAGCUUGAGGCUAAUAUACAAUAUAAUACACCAUUGAUGAGCUAAUGAAAAUUAGCAUUGCAUGAAAGCUUCUCUGGCAUGAUCAAAGCUUCAACGCCUGUCAAUCAUUGUUAACUUUAACAAGCAAACUCCCGCUGCUUACUGACCAAGAAAAGCAGCAGGAUGGAGAGUGUCCUCUGACAAAUGGUGCGAUCGGCCUGAUUUCCGAUCACGUGAUUGGAUCGGUACAUCCCUAAUACUUAUUCAUCAUUACUGUUUUUUUACAUAAUAUGUAUGUAUUUUUUUGGAAUAAGUUUUUUUUUCCCCAUAGUAUUUAUCAUAUUGCCCGCCAUUGACAAGGAUAAAUGUCACAGGCAAAACAGAUUGAACGUUUAGCACCCUUAAUGGCAGCCAAUGAUUUCGAUGAGUGCCCUAUAAAAAGUUAAAGUUGUACUGCCCCCGGUGGUUAAGACACGCGUCCAAGUCGAAACAGCAAUUAACCAUUUAGUGCAUUCUUUUUGUUAUAUUUUUGUAAAUUUCAAUGUUAGUAUUAUUUACACUACAGCUCUUCCUCUCACUUAUUACUUCGACGCAGUUUUUUUUUUUGGCACCAAGUUAUCACCAAAGCAAUAUUUUUGCAUUCAUCAGUGUUUCAGCCAAAACAGUCAAGUACUGUAUAGGAUUUUCAGCAAAUAAUAGAGAUUAGAUUCAUAUUUUUAUACCAUAGUACCAAAUAAUAACUAUAUACGGUGGUAGUUUUCUCCUUUUUAAGAACGUUUUUGGAGGGGGUUGGAACCUAACUUGGGUAACGCGACAGGAUGGUGAUAGUUAUGUGAUAUUUAAGUUUUUUAAUUUAAUAUUUUGGAAUGGGCACAUUUUAGUAAUUGUAGAGCUAUAUUAAGUUUAAAGAAUUUUAAGAAGCAAACCUGCUUGUAUGAAUUUACAAAAUUAUGUAAAACUCAUAUUUUACACAGUCCUAAAAUAGUAAUGCACUACACAGUAAAAAAAAAAAAAAAAAAAAAAAAACUUGUAAUAAGUUAUGCUAACUCAAGAUUUUAGUUAAGCACAACUCACAUUUUCAAGUUUACUUUGGUUACUUGGUGUAUUGAGUAUUCGUACCCAACCAUGUGCCGGUAUGAUAUUCUGACAGUAUGAUAACCUUAUGCCAGAAUAUCACAGUAUUGCAACUGGCCCUAAAAUGUGUUACUUUGAGAUAUCUGGGUUUAAAAAAAAAAAUCCAUUGAACAGGAUUUUUAUUCAUCUAAACAUAUUAGCAAAUUGAAACAUAAGUAUAAUGUUAAGUUAAAAUACAUUUAAAAAAAACAACAAAAUAUUCAAACUAAAAUUGCUAUUAUGAAUGCGGUCCUUUAAGUAAGCCUAAACCCACAGCCACAGCUCAACAUUAUUACCAUCAGAAUAAAAAUAAUUGAAUUAUUUUCCAUAAAACGCACGUGCGAAUGACUCGUAUCAUGUUUACAUUAUACACACACACUCUUUCUCAACACAGUUGCCAGAGAGAAAAAAACAUGUUUUACCAUCGCUAGACACACUAAACACGCUGGAGUUAACUCAUAGCUGGUGGGAAACGUUCAUGACAGUGUUUACACACCUUUAAUUUUGCAUAAAUGCGAAAUCAGCAGCAGCUACCCUCAGCAAACAUGUUUUUACAUGUCGGUUGGCCCGCUUCUAAGCCACGGCCGUCUGUAACUUUUCUGUAGCCGAAGUAUUCCCAUACUAGUGAUUUCAUUUUCUUCGAUGAAAAAGUUCAGGAGUUUCACCUCCUCCAGCCAUCGUGUAGCACAGCUGACUCACUGACACUGAGCAACAACCGGUGGGGAAGGUUGAGCCUCACAGCUGCAAGUGAGGGGAUUUCUCCAUGCGUUUUUGGGACAUACAAAAUAGCUAAUACCUUAAGGAUGGUAUGACGGAAAAUUUUUGCAGUUUUGAAACCUUGACGUGUCAUACCACAAUAUACCUUACACCGGUAAUCGGCAAAUGUCAAUUCGUAGCUGUGUUAAUGUGAUGAAAUGAGUUGUGCUAACUUGAACUUUCAAGUUAUGGGGUAGAUUUUAUAUUUCUGAGUAAGCAGAAUUUGUAAAAAUGAAUGUGAACUUGGAAUGCUAAGUUGUUUGAACUGAUCCCUAGUAGGAAUGGGAACCUCUUGGUUCCUCAAGAUACGAUAUGAUUUGCGAUACAAAGCUCACAAUAAUGAUGAUCUGACGAUAUGGCGAUACAACGAUUAUCGAUAUAUUGGUCAGGAAAUCAUUCUAGGAUAUUCUACAAACAACUAAUAAGCAGAAAAACAAGCUUCUGCUGUGAAUUGGAAUGAGUUUAUGACUUGUAGACGUCCAAUCCAUUUGAACUGGGAGGGAUGGCAGCGAAUGAACCCUAAAUGUCUAUGGCUGAUAGUGGCAGCCGAUGCAAUUAGGUAAUUUUGGGGCAUACGUAUAAGGUCAUUUUCCUAUUGAUUUUCAGUUACUUCCUGUUGAUUUUGGGGUAUUUUAUGGGUCUCUUCCUGUUUAUUUUGAGUAACAGAACAGGAAGUGACCUGGAAAUCACCCAAAAGAAUAGGCAGUGACUCAAAAUCAACAGAAAAUGGCCUGUAAUUGCCCUAAAAUGAACAGCAAGUGACCUUUAAAUGCCCUGAAAAUCAGACAGAAUGACUGCGAAUGCUCUGGUUUCGAAUGAACAAACGUUCCCAGUCUAAAUGGAUUGGGUGUCAAGCACCGUCAAUGCAGCCCUAGAGUUAACUGAGAAACUAUUAUGGUGGAAGAUUUUGGUAGCAACUUGUUGGUUCAUUUUUAGACAUUGAAAACUUUUUAAAACAAUAUCUCGACUUUGGCAGGAGCAUAUCGAUAACCUUUUGGCAUCAAAGUAUCACCAUAUAUCACCAUUUCGAUAUUUUGUCACACACCUAGUCCCUAGCUUCGCUUCAGAUAGUUGCAAAUAAAUGCGCUGGCAACAGCAUAGUUGACUAGCUCACUUGUCUACUCAUUGCGUUGUCAUAGGGGACACUUCGGUUGAAAUCCUUCUUGAAAUAACUUUAUGUACUUAAACUUAAGUUCAGUUUACUUAAAAUUCUGAGUUCUGUUUACAUAGCAUUAGGGCUGCAGCUAUCGAUUAUUUUAGUAGUCGAUUAAUCGAUGAACUAGUUAGUUCGAAUAGCCUAAUUGAGUAAUCUGAUAAGGAACAUGAACAAUUAAAAUACCAGAGCUGAGCAACAAACGGUAUAAAAAAAAAAAAAAAAAAGGAUCUAUGUACACCAAAAGAAAAAUUGGCUAACUUACAUAGCAAAAGUCCGCUUGCUUAAAUGCUAUAAGAUGCUUUUUUUUUUUUACAAUGCUCCUAACAAAUAGUUCAGACACAUAAACGGCUAAAUAUACCUAUAAACUAAAUUACGAAUGCAUUAAAAAACAUGAGCUCAAACAAAAACUUGGCUUAUGGUUGUCUGAACAGGGAGCAGUUGGAUACAGCCAUGUGAAAUGACGCAGACCAGAGUGUAGUGUGACCACCCUAAUCAAUAAAUCGAAAUGCAAACACAAAUAAACCAUUACAACGCCACUUUAAUUCAACGAAUACUCGAAGCAACAAAAUUUUAUUUGAUUAUUUGUUUCUAAUCGAAUACUCGAGUUAAUCGAUGAAUCGUUGCAGCACUACAUAGCAUAAGUUCAGCUUGCGGUACUUAAGUUUCUGCUUAUGAUGUACUUUUUCUUCUUUUUUACUGUUUAACAUGACAAACAAUGUCAAUGUUCUGGUUUGUCUGCUCUGGCGGAAAGAACUAUAAAAAGCAGUACACAUUUCUUGUAUUUUGAGACUCACCACAUGUUAAUAUAAGAUUUAUUUCCCCUUUGUAAUUGUAUUCCUCCCAUGCUUGUUCACCACCUGUUGUCUUGCCAGUUUCUUUUUAUCAGAUAACUUCCCUCGUUCUAAAAAGAUUGCGGUUAUCCGUUUCCUUAUUCGUAUUAUGAUAAAUUUUUGUUUGAUCACGAUGCCAAUGAAGUUACUGUCAUACAGUCAUUGAGGUUGUUGAAGUGAUCUAUUUAUUUUGCCCCCUUCUCCUCCUUAAACUGUUAUCUGGUACAGAACUCAAUGCCAGGUCCAAAUUCCAAAACGGUGCUUUUGUACUCUUGAACUGAAAAUGUUCUUUUCAUAAUAAAAGCUUAGCUGAACUGUUGCUUGUCCACAAUUUUUUCCGCACAUACUAAAAC